AUGCUUCUUCUCUCUGCAACCACUCACCAACACCCAUCAAUUUCCACUUCUACGCUCCUCUUUCCCUCUAUUUGCCACAAACUCCCCGCCUCCGUCAAACCCAACGCCACCUCCGCUCACAGACCCCAUGACCUCCUGAUCACCAACGCCUUCUCACCCUCCUCCCUCCAAAACCCUAACCCUAGCACCCCCCAGACCAUCCGCCACGUCACUCACUCUGCCUCCGAUGGCGAACCCGAAGCCAAUUCCAUGGUCCCCUCUGCCUCCGCCGUCGCCUCCGCCAUUCGCAGAGCCUCCACCUCCCCCGUUGACUUCAUACAGAGAAUCGAAAAGGAACAGAAGAGAGGCAUCGUACUCCCCAGCCCCGAUUUCCAGAGACUCUGUAUUCAACAGUUGGACAUCUUUCGCCGAAUCGUCGAUCCCGAUGCUCUCCUCUCGGUGUAUGUAAGGCCAGCUGGUAGUUAUGUGAUGGACCGAUUGGAGCUUCGUCGAGUAACUUGCCAUCCGGGAGCUAAGUCAUCAGACAUCGUGAUAUUAGUUGGCAGUUUCAGUGUUGCCACUGGUUUUCGCGCCGCCGAAGCAGUGCUUUCCAAUCACAAAGUGGAAGUUAUAGCUGAGUUGAAAGCUGCGGUUUUCCCCAUGGUGAAGCACCCCUUUGUGGUGGGCUUCUUGGUUGCUGAAUUUCCCAGGAUGGAAAUGCCGCCACCUGGCGGGAAAGUUCAGUGUGAGGGCUGUGAUUUGAUUCACCGCCUGACUCCUGAGGAAGCCUAUGCUUUGCCUCCGAGCUCCAAUAUCAAAUCUUGGGAUACUCAGAAUCUGGAGGAUCAACCAGAGCCAUUAUUAACAAUGUACAACUUUAGUGCUGAGCAGAGAUCAAAUGCUAUCAACAUUUCUCGGUCUUUAGCGAUGGCAUAUGUUAUGGAUCAGAAAGCGAUGCUCCUCCAGCAAUCAUCUUGGCAGAACAAUGUCAGGAUGAGUAGUCUGGUUGAACAAAUUCGUGGUCCUCUUUCUAGCCUUCAAACUUUAAGUAAAAUGUUAUCCAUGCAUAUGAAGAGAAGUGAGAUUUCUUAUGACAUUGUUGAAGAUAUACGGGUGCAAGGUGACCAUAUGAAAGAUACCCUUCAGCAACUCCAGGAUGCUGUUUACUUAACCAAGGCUAGUAUCAUGCGCUACGGUGAACAUGAUUCAACAUAUUCCUAUCCUGACUUAGGGAAGCAUCAGUUAUUGAAUAACCUUCCCAAGGAUAGUUCCAGCAUUAAGAUGCAAGUUCCAGGUGAACAACUUUCUCUAAAUGCUGGAGCCAAGGAUAUGGAGAUGCCCAUGCCUCCUCUAGCCCUCGCUCCUUUACAGCAACAUGGAAUUAGACCAUGCAAUGUUUCUGAUAUACUGGCAGAUUUGGUUGAAGCUGUAAGACCUCUUGCCCAAAACCAGCAGCGUGUAGUAGAACUGAAUGAACUUGAAACAUCAUUGCAAGUUGCUGUAGAAGAACCUGCUUUGCGACAGGCUCUGAGCAAUUUAAUUGAGAGUGCAUUAUUGCGUACGCAUACUGGGGGAAAGGUAGAAAUUGUGUCUACCGGAGCACCGGCAGGUGGUGUUCUUGUAGUAAUUGAUGAUGAUGGGCCUGAUAUGCACUAUAUGACGCAGAUGCAUUGUCUCACUCCUUUUGGAGCCGAUCUCUUAUCAGAAAAUAUGGUUGAAGACAACAUGACAUGGAACUUUGUUGCUGGACUGACUGUUGCUCGUGAGAUACUCGAAAGUUAUGGCUGUGUUGUCCGUGUCAUAUCACCCCGAACCGCAGAUGCUCCCCUUGGAGCAGGUGGAACUCGAGUAGAACUCUGGCUUCCUUGUAUCAUGGAAUUAUCCAGGAUUAAUGGCCCUGCUCAGGAGGCGUAG